AUUACCAUCAUGAGAUAUAUAAGAUCUCUGACUACAGCAAUGAUGUUAAUGGGGAGACCAAAGAAACACAAGCAGUUUUUUUAGGAGAUGAAAGCCGGGAAAUUAAAAAACAAAUUACAGGGAUGAGAAGAUUACUGAAUGACAGCACUGGAAGAAUCUAUCAGCGAGUUGGCAAAGAAGGAGAGAAACUGAAGGAGGAGCCCCAGGAUUUAGACUUAGCCUGGGCCCAGCGCCUGAAUCCCCCUGCAGAGUCCCAGACAAGCCUUCAUCCUUCACAGAGUGGUGCAUGGAAUGAAUUAUCACCCCAGGCUAGCCAUUUUUCAGGGCAAUAUGGAACUCGGUCUAAAACGUUCCAAAAUCAGACACGAACCGUGACAUCCAAUGGAGAAAUUCCAAUGGCGAAUUCAUCAGUUGGACCAAACUGCUGUACAUGUAAUUGCCAGUCAACUCUACAGGCUAUUCUUCAAGAGCUCAAGACCAUGAGGAAAUUGAUGCAGAUUCAAGCAGUUGGGACUCAAAACAGACAGCAGCCUCCUAUUCCUCUGAUUUGUGCACAAAAGUCGACAAUAUCAAGAAAGAGAAAUAAAAAGAAAAAACUGCCCCUCAAAACCGUUGAACCAAUUGCCAUGAAUAAGAAACCCAACACUGCAGAGAAUGAAAAGAAGCUUUUGGCAAACUCUGAACGGUCAAGUCUGCAAGCAGUUGAGCCCUCCCUAAACCCAGAGACCCCUGUUUCAGGAUUUGGAAUUAUCCUUGAAUCAGCUUCAUCAGAUCCAAAAGUGCAACUUGCAGAAGGCUUUGAUGUCUUCAUGCCUAAAUCUCAACUGGACUCUAUAUUAUCAAACUAUACUCGCUCAGGAAGUCUACUGUUUAGGAAGCUGGUCUGUGCGUUUUUUGAUGACAAGACUUUGGCUAACUCUUUGCCCAACGGCAAAAGGAAAAGAGGGCUCAAUGACAACCGAAAAGGACUAGACCAAAAUAUUGUGGGUGCAAUAAAAGUCUUUACAGAAAAAUACUGCACUGCUAACCACGUGGAUAAACUUCCUGGUCCUAGGGACUGGGUCCAGAUUCUUCAGGAUCAAAUUAAACUGGCAAGAAGACGAUUAAAAAGAGGCUCAGCAGAGGCAACUGACUGUGAUGAGAAGCCGGACAUUUCUCUACUACAAACAGGUAACCCUUUUGACACAACAGAUAGUCUGGUAGACACAAACCCAGAUUUUUCUGCUUAAAUUUUACAUUCUGCGUCAGUGUUUUUAGCAGAUAGAAACAUCCUCUCGUUCGAAUAACGUCACUGCAAGACCUGCGUGAGAAUUUCAGCGUACUGCAAGAUGCGGACGUCCAUACCGUUCUCCUUUCAAAUUCGUGAUGCUUCAUCCGUUUCCCAUGUCACCCGAAAUAACAAAACCGCCAGAUCAUUUUGCUGUUUCUCAUCUUAAUUAAAGAUGAUUUUCCUCCAUAUCCAAUGCAUAAUUUAGUGUGGGAUCCACUCUAACCGAAGAUGUUCUCCUGCCUUGGUGUUUCCUUCCCGACUGUACUUUCCCAUGUGAUCAUAUGCUCGCCAGCAGCCUUUCACCUGAAGCUCUGCAGAGGCAAAGUAAAACACGGUGGGGUGACUCCUCCCAGCCAGGAAGCUGGGACGGCAUCUCUCUCCAGCACGAGCCCGGGGGGGGCUCGAUGAGCCUUUCUCUAGGGAAGCUGCUUUGCUCUUGUGGUUCUGCAGACCCAACUUCUCCGGCUGCUGCUUCUCUGCGUAAAGAACAAACGGUACAAGGCCAUACACAGCCGUAAUUAAAAGAUCCCCCACUGGAGUUAGCGGUAAAGCAGUCGGGCGGGAUUCAAGCCAGCGGUGUCGAAUUCUUCACGUACGAUAGGUAGAAGCUGUUGCUCAAACGCGUUGGAGUUCCCGUGCCUGGUGCUAGCGUGACGGCGCUCAAGGAGUUUCGUAGUGCAGGCGGCGCAAGGAGAUAAUUUCCUCCCUGCGUUCUUCUCCGGCUUCCCCUGCCACCUCAAUCUUCAAACAUAUUAGUUUGCUGAUUUCUGGGAAGAGGGUCUUGCGCACUGUGAUUUGUCAACCACUGUCCUCGGGGACAAUAUUUGUGAAUAAAAAAAAAAAAAAAGUCACCUUUUGACUGGCACUCGAUUGAUGUCUCAGCAGUUAAGAGGAGAGAAUUGAUCGAGAAGUUGCACUACCCCCUUAGAGGUUCCAAGGGUUGGUCCUUUCAGGUCAGGGCUGAGGCGAAAUCUUACGUGGCCCUCCACGCAAACUAUCACUUCUGCACCUUUCAACAGCACUAAAUUCACUUUAAAAACGUAGGCAAAGAAGUCUAGAAGGUCUUACCUGCAACAUAUAUUGAUCACCAGACAGUUUGAGUGUGUUUCCUGGAACUGGAGAGAUUGCUCUUGCCUUUACCAUUGUGUUUCAUUUUCCUUUGCAUCGUUUAGGCCCAUCGGGUUUCUUUUUCCUUGAAACUAUUUGGCCUUUGAGUGUUUCAACUGAAGUGCUAUUACACAGUGUUCCCCCACCCCGAGUGUUUAAAGUUUUCUUUCCUUUUCUAACGACCCCAAAGCCCGUUUCUCAGAAGCUGUCGAAUGCCCGCUGAAGCCGGUGGGAGCAGCGCGUUCCCUCGACGCCUCCUGAAAACUCGGGCUUUCUGCCCUUCCCCACCCGUGUCCCGGGUACCCUUAAGGAUGACCGUGUUCUCUUGGAAACUGUGGAAUAUAUUGAAUGUGCACUGCGAACCUUAAAAGAGCCUUUCCCUCCUUCGCGGCUGCUUGGAGUUGUCUGCAGCGGGCAGGGGCUCGCGGGUGCCCCCGCGUGACCGGGCCCUCGUUUCCGUAUCGUAACACUUUGGCAACGGAAUCGCGGUUUUGUAAAUUUUCAAGAUUGCGUUUGUGUUUACUUACUGUGACUACUGUUCAGACUUUCUUCAGAAAUCUUUUUAUAAGCUUUAUUAGAGGGGGGGGGGAAAUCAUUCCAUAUUUAGGUAAAAAUGUCUCAAUCUUCUGUAUAUAUGUUUUAUUAAUAUGUAAAUAUUUAGAUAUUUUUAAAUUACUAUGUUCUUAAUAAAGCGACAAGGGACUAGUUGUGGAAUGGUGUAUAACAUUGUGUUGUGUUAUCAAUCUCUGGGAAACCCUCUUUGUCAGUUCAGAAAAGAAAAGCUACAAUAAAUAACUUUAAUUGAA